GCAACACACCCAUUCUCUUGCUACGACGUUCCACUUCAAGCAGCAGCUCUUUAUCCUAGCGCCGUAGAAAACAAAGAAAUAUGUCCGACGAAGGGAAACUGUUCGUCGGUGGCCUGAGCUUCGACACCACAGAGCAGUCUCUUGCAGAAGCUUUUUCCAAGUUUGGAAGCAUUGCUAAAUGUGAUGUUAUCAUGGACAGAGAAACGGGAAGGCCUCGUGGAUUCGGCUUCGUGAAGUUCGACAAUACCGAAGAUGCGAAGGACGCCAUGGAGGCCAUGAACGGCCAGUCUCUCGAUGGAAGAACCAUCCGCGUAAAUGAGGCAGGCCAGGGUGGCGGUCGUGGCGGCGGUGGUGGAGGCGGUGGAUACAGAGGCUCCAGAGGAGGCGGAGGAUACGGUGGCGGCGGAGGAUACAGUGGCGGCGGAGGCUAUGGUGGUGGUGGUGGAGGAUAUGGCGGUGGCGGCCGUAGUUAUGGCGGUGGCGAAGACCGAGGAUACGGAGGUGGUGGCGGAUACAGGAGCGGCGGUGGUGGUGGAUACUCUGGUGGAUAUUAAGGCUGGUCGAGGCCAAAUGGCCGCAGUUUGAAUCAAUGGGAGGCCCUACGUUUGCACGACAAAAGAGACGUUGCGCAGUGUAGGCCCUGUGUGCCAACGCCGGACUAGAGUACAACAGUGAAUUGACACUUAAAACAUGACUCAGAGUGCCAAAACGUAUUUCUGUUAUCAGUUCGAGGAUGUCUUUUCACUUUGUAUAAUAUCAAUUUUCUAGCAAUGGUGCUUAUCUACGGAAACGCAAGGAGAAGGCAUGAAAUGCCUAAUCCUUUUGCCAAGUGUACAUGUAUGCUGCUCUAGCAUUGCGUUCAGGUAGCUGAAGGCUAUGCUAAAAACACUAUCCCAUUCCCGGUUUCGGUUCAGGAAACCCCAUUCUUUAUUCUGUAUCAUUUGACCAGUUGCAUUGUUGGAUUUUUGUUUUAUCUUAAUAAAAUGUUGCGUGCUUA